CUCAUCCACCAGCUCUCACACACCAACACAACACAAUCACACACAAUGUCAGAACGCGGUCAAUUCCGCGGCGGCGCACGCGGAGGAAGAGGAGGAAACCGUGGCGGUGGUAGAGGUGGCAACAACAACCAACACCAGAACAACAGAAACAACAACCAAAACGACAGCGAGACACCGCGCCCCAAGAAGGAAAAUAUUCUGGACUUGAACAAGUACAUGGACAAGGAGAUUCAGGUCAAAUUCAGUGGAGGCAGAGAGGUUACUGGCACACUCAAGGGUUACGAUCAAUUGAUGAACUUGGUCUUGGACGACGUCAAGGAAAUCACACGCGACGACGAAGGCAACACCUCAUCAAGACCCCUCGGUCUCCUAGUCGCACGCGGAACCCUACUCGUCCUCAUCUCCCCUCUCGACGGCAGCGAAGAAAUCGCAAACCCCUUUGUUCAGACCGAGGAGGAGAAUGCUGCUCCCGCCAUUUGAGCCACCAUCGCAGAUUCACACCACAUCACCACACGAAAAUGAAACACGAUACGAACAAAGGGCGGCACUGCAAACGUAAUAGCCACAUACACUUGACGCUCGGGAAGAUAUUCGAAAGCAUGCCUGAGGUCUUUGCGACCACGAGUGAUGGAGUGCAAGGUCGAUAUGCGCACAAAACGCAGGCCACACGUCUUCCAUUUUUCGGCUCCAAGAUUUUCUUGCCGAGCGUAUCACCCUGACUUCAUCGACGAUAUGGUUCUCACACCACACCCAACCAUUAAAACAUAUCAACAAAUGAUUCAGUACGCAGCACUAAACAGCAUAACUCUGACACUAAAUCACCGUCCCAAAAAAACAAAUGCAAAAACAAGUUCAAUGUCUCCC